GAUUACAGAUCAGUUCGCCGUGGAGUGCGGCAGUGUGUGGGUGUGGUGCGUGUAAUUGGUGGUGGCCCGUACGGCCGAAUAAUGGCGGAACGGACAAAAGUGACGGCUCCAGCGAGCCGGCCAGUGCCAAUGAAGCUUUUUGCUACCUGGGAAGUUGAUCGUACACCUCCAAAUUGCAUACCCAGAUUGUGCACAUUGACCCUUACACGGCUUGUGAUUCUCCGGCCUCUCGGCGUAGAUCUGGCUUCCAUCAGCAUUGCAGUCAAGAUGCAAAGUUCUAAAAGGACAUUACGGUCAAACGAAAUGGCGAUUCCAUCGGGCGGUAUACUGGACACUGAUCUCGAGUUACAGUUUGCCCUUCAGUAUCCACAUUUUUUGAAACGCGACGGCAAUAAAUUACUUAUACUUCUGCAAAGAAGAAAAAGAUACAAAAACCGUACGAUGUUGGGUUACAAAACACUAGCAGAGGGUGUAAUCAAUAUGGCUCAAGUCUUGCAGAAGCAAAUGGAUCUCGAGCUGGAGCUGGUAUCAGAUAAAGCGGAAAAAUACGGCGGGCAUUCAGUGGUAUUGGCCAAAGUGAAUGUUAUUGCGUUGAGUUCACAGCCAGUUGAUCAGGACAAAAGGCUGCUCAAUGACCCAAGUGAAAGACUCGGUCCAGAGUACAGCGACGAAGAAGAAGAGUUCAGCUCUGAAGGUGAAGCUGAGGGUAGCGACAGCGAGCCGACUUUAGAAGUCCACAGGCGGAAAAAUCGAAACAAAAUUCCUCCAAAUGCUCGACAAAGAAACUUGAAGCAAAAGUUUAUUGCUCUACUCAAGCGGUUCCGAGUUUCAGAAGAGCUAGAACACGACCAAGAAGAGAUUGGACAAAAGUUGUCGGGUGGUGACAUGGAAAUUGAAGAACUCUUUGAUGAGUUAGAGGACUUGUCGGAUAGUGGCCCUGAGCUGGAUACCAUGUCUGUUAGCAGUACUCCAAAACCAUCACUGCGCCCGUUCUUCAGCUCUAGUCGUUCGCUUCUAGCACCACCUCAUCCUGUAGUUACCAGAGAGGACUCUGCCACUAAUACAACAGCAACAACAGCGGCAGCAGCAAAUGUAUGCCAGUCAUCAUCAGGCUCAACUGUCAAAGAAAAAACACGUGUGGGACAUACAACCCCAGAGAGAGGCGGUGACAGACAGAGUGACGAUAGCUCAAGACGAGCGGACAGCGACUCACAUCCUGAAAAUUGGACCGAUCAUGAGGCCAAUGAUGCGCCGAGCACGGUCACUGGUUCACCUCCCAAAUCAGAGCCGCAGCAUCACCAGCACUCGAAUAAAAGUGAAAACACUGAUAGAAGGAGUAGGCUCUUUGCCAGGGACCGGGGCAUGCCUGGAAGUAAUAAAUCUAAAAAGCAUAGUCUGAGUGUUGAUCUUAAGCCGUCUGUUGAGCUAAACAAUUCCGAGCCGCGAAAAGCCCUAGUUGAGCAAUUGAGCCGAGUACUGCCCGAUGACUCAUUACCGGAAGCAGUAUCUCUAGUUUCUCUGGCAGAUCCUGGUGGUGCUGUGCUGGCAGCUCGGCUUCAAGAACGUAAUCUGCGAGUUCUCACAACUGCUUCGCCGGCGGAUAUCCGCGCGACCUUCACCUGCUUAAUCGCUAGGAUACAAAAAUUUUGUAAUAGCUCGGCGAAACCACCUGCGCCAAUAAAAGUUGUGAUAGCAGGUGGAGAUAGUUUUGUUAACGCCGUUCUUAGGCAUUACGUAGAUCUAUUGAGCUUCAGACCACCAGAUUGGCAAAAUUAUUUGAGAUUUUUAAUAGUACCGCUGGGUUCAAAUUCACUGUCCAAGUACCUCGGGUCUGUGGACAGUAAAUACUCGAUGCUGUUUGGCGAAGAAUGGCGAGAAUUGUUGGAACGUGAAGCGAGCGGGGCGAGUGAAGGCGCAGCUCGUGUAUCAGAAUACUUAGCAACGACCGGGCCCACUCUUUUAUUACCAAUUGCCGAGGCCAUGGUCACAUAUAGGGAGACAGACGACAGCAGUCAAAUAUUCAUUCCAUUUGUAAAUGAUGUGCGCGUCGGGUGUCCUGACAGCAGCAGUUCCGCUUCAGUUGACCUUGAGGAAGGUGCAGCAGUAUCGUCGGGGUCACCACCAUCCUUGCCGCCGCCCAGUCUGGCGAUACCACCACCCGGUAAAUUAACUCCGCCGAGCAGCCCAAAUGUCAGUCAGCCACGAGACGGAUGGGAGCCCGUUGAACUUCAACUUGACUACUGGAGCAAACCUGCACUUGGUGAUAAAGGAAAAAGCACACUUCGUCAAGCUUUCAGGGCUUUGCACGUACAGAGAUUACCGACAGCGGGAGAAAAUCCCGGGCCGUAUCUCUCUAUGAAUUACACGACAAAGGAAAAGAAACAGAAAAUAAUGAGACUGGGUAAGAAAAAAGAAAAGGAGAAAGAGAAUGAGCCCAAGAGCCAGGCAGUGGAUGGCGUGACUCGACUAAUUUGCUCCGCUAAAACUCACAACAUUCCAUGGAGAGUGACCAUCGAUGGAACUGAAUGGUACGGCGUUAAAUUCUUCCAACUCUCGGCGCAGUGGCAGACGCACAUAAAAACAUUUCCGGUUGCAAUGCUUAUUUACAAUCCGCUGCAACAAACCCCAAGUCUCACCUGAACUUCUAAGUCUCCCUUUUAAAUGCUUAACUUAUUCCAUAAUUUAUUUAUUAUUUUAAAUUCGUUGGUAUCGAUUUAGCCGUUCGUCACAUUGAUUAAUUUAAAGGCCGGAGGGAAAUCUCCAGGCGAGUUUUAAUGAUGAGUUUGUGGUAAUUUCGUUUCAUUUUUUUUUUUUCCUUUUUUUCCAAUAACGAGUUUUAUUAACACGUAAUGUGGGCUUUAAAGCUCUUGACUAUGACUCGACAACGAGUUUUCCUAAGACUUCUUUUAUGUUUAUUUUGUUUUUUUUAUUUUAUGAAUUAUAAGUUGGCUCUGAGCCGUUUUUAAAAUUAUAUUUUUCUUCCCAAUAUACUUUUAAAGUAUAAUUUCAAAUUAUAAAUAUUUUUUUAACUCUUGCAUACGCUAAUAAAAUAAAUUCAAAAUUUUUUCCAACGAUGCUAGAGAGUAGAGUUAAAAAAAGUAAUUUCUUUACAAAAUUGACUAUUGAUCUAAAAAAAAAAUAUUACUGCAGGUACGUCUGCUCAUCUUUGUGUAGAAAUUUAUAAGCAAAUCAAUUAGAAUAAAUUUAAUUAUUUGCUAACAAUUAUUUUGAGCAACGUAGCGGUUGCAGUGACUGCCUAAUGCCAAAUUAAAUGAACAAAUAAUUUAAAAUUAUCAACAUAUUAGCCCACCUUAUAAAUCACUCAGCUGAUAAAUUUAUUGUAAAAAAAUAUCGAAUACUAAUUUUUUUAUUUUUCGUUCACAAACCCCAUCAACUUUUAAUUAAUUACUGCUAGUCGUUUUAUUUUUAACCAUAAUAUAUAAAAAAUCUGCUUUAUACGGUUCGGUUGGGCUUAAUAAUUAAAAAAUGAAUAGAACAAAAAUAGUUAAUUAUAUAUAAAUAAAACAAUUGUGGAAUUGAUGUGAAUAAUAAAUCCAGAAAGAGCCAUGAUGUACUUGAGUGACUGCCUCAUCGUUUAAUAGCUUGCUGAGAUAAUUUUCAGCAACAAAACCUGCCAUCUGACUAGUAUGAAUAUCCAUCGCUCUAUUAA